UUGCAGCCAAGCGUGCACGGAGCUGCGGCCGUCCCCGUUCAGAAUGGGAGCCAGAGCAGCAGCCCCGGCAACACCACGACCACGGACGUAUCCUGCAUGGUGAGGGGGCUCUGGAACGGAACCCUGGCCCAGUCUGGGCUCGAGGAGAAGUCGCCCGCCGCCAACUGCAGCACGGACGGACGAGUGGCGCACCCCACGACCGCGGCCGCCCCCUUUGAGGUGUUCAGCGAGCCGACGCAGACCCGGCCCCCCUCGGUGCCCUGCGGCCCCGCCGAUCCCACGGACGUCGCGGGGACGUGUCUCGUGGCCGAUGAAAACGGCCCUCCGCCCGGCUCCGGCCAGCAGUGUGCGAGGAGUGUCUCUAGACCGCACCAACGCAGGAUCCCCUUUGCAGAACUGGAGCCGCCGAAGCCUCCCGCAGAAGAUGAGGAGGAGGAGGAGGAAGGUGGCGGCAUGAACGGCUUCCAGCCCUUUACGGACGACGACAACUUCACCUACGCACCCACCAAGAGCUUCGUGAAGAAGGUGACCUCCACGCCUUUCGACGGGAGGCUUCCGCCGGUGGGGGAGGACUUCACGGUGGGCGGGUUGACGGAGCUAGUUCAGGACGUGGCACUCGAACCGGAAGCCAGGAAAGAACCAUAUAUGGCGGCGGCAGUGAAGCGCCGGCUCUCGGCACCCCUGGUCGUGGCAGGAGAUCUCAGCACCAUUUUGGAGGGCAGCAAGGAGAGCUCGAGCAAGUCGGGCAGCUCGAGCGGCUCGAGUUGCUCGUCUGGAUCAUCGUCCGUCUCGGCCGCCGCACUCAGCGCCCAGAGCCGGCUGCCUGCGCUGCAAGAGGAGGCUUCACCGCCGAGGCAGCAGCUGUCGCCCGAAGACUGUGGCCAGGGGGACCACCUGGACCCCUUCGACCGAAUAGUGACGGACACCAUCCUGUCGUCCCUGGCCGUGGGACUCGAGCAGCGUCAUGGUUUUUCUACCCGCAACUCAAACCGACCCCUCCUCAAGCCGGACCACACCGUCACUCUCGGUUGGCCCCGGAGGGAGUUUCACGUGCAACGCCUGAUAGCGACGGGAGCCUACGCCAAGGUGUACCUGGCGGAGGUGGUGGACCCCGAAUUCACCUUCAUGGACACCGACGGAACCUUUGAGCACCCGGAACAGCGGAAAGUGGCCCUGAAGGUGCUCGCAGAUUGCAACCCGUGGGAGUUUUUCAUCUGCUCCGAGCUCCGCAGUCGUCUUGCAGAGAAGCCGCCGCCCACGGUGCUGGACUCUGUGGUGACGAUUGAAGCGGCCUGUCUGUACAGAAAUGGCGCCAUCUUGGUGAUGCCGUUUGGACAAUAUGGCACGCUCCUGGACCUGGUUCGGCGUUACCAAGAGCAGCAGUCGCAGGGCAGCAGGGGCAUCCCGGAGUCCAUGGCACUCUACUUUGCCCUCGAGCUGCUGCUCAUUGUGUCCGCGGUGCACAAGUGCGGCAUCAUCCACGGAGACCUCAAGCCCGACAACGUGCUCGUCUCCGACCUUCCGACGGAGCGGAACUGCGUGGAGCGUCUGGCGGAGCGUACGCACUGCCUGCAGCUGAUCGACUUUGGCCGGGGCAUUGACCAGCACCAGUUCCAGCCGGGUACUGUUUUCACGGAGGUGGUGCAGACGAACUGCUUCAAGUGCACCGAGAUGAUGGACGGACGGCCGUGGACCUUCCAGACGGACUGGUACGGCGUGGUGGCCUGCAUCCACAUCAUGCUGUUUGGAGAGUACAUGGACGUGGCAAAGGGCGCCAAUGGAGUCUGGGCCGCCCGACAGAGGUUCAAGAGGUACUGGCAACGGGACCUCUGGGAGUCUCUCUUCUCCACGCUGCUCAACAUCCCGAGCUGCGCCGAGCCCCCCGACGUGACGCCGUUUGUGGCACGGAUUGCGGAACUCCUGGGGAACCCAUCGCGCGCCCAGGACCUCCUUCUGCACGCACACAAGGCCAGUGGCAUGUCGUGAUGGCCGCCUCCUUCCCUCAAGAAACUGGAGUCUUGCGAAUUCUUUUUAUCCUUUUUAAAUUAGACUUUGCACAACCCUGUACAGCCGCUUUUAAUGCCGGAAAGUAAUAAACUAUGGUUUUAUGCUUACA